UACCGUAUUUUCACGACUAUAAGGCGCACAUAAAAGUCUUAGAUUUUCUUCAAAUUGUGCGGCGCGCCCUAUGGUGCAGUGCGUCCUGUGUGUGUUGUUGUUGUUGUAAGACGGACAUAAACCAGGUGGUUUUUUCCACGCAUCACCAUCGCUGUUGAUCUGUGACUCUAUGCGUGCCCAUCUCACAGCCGAUGUGAAAAAAACAAGUGAAGCAAAUGAACUCUGAGCUUGCUGUCAUUCCGGGAGGCCUGACAAAGGAACUCCAACCGCUGGACAUCGGUGUGAACCGGCCGUUCAAAGUAAGGCUGCGAGCGGCGUGGGAGCGAUGGAUGACCGAUGGAGACCACAGUUUCACUAAGAGUGGAAGGCAGCGCCGGGCGAGUUACGCCACAAUUUGCGAAUGGAUUGUAAAUGCUUGGGCUAACGUGUCUGCUGGCACUGUUGUUCGAGCUUUCGCAAAAGCCGGCAUCAUUUCCGAGGCGCCGCACGGCACGGAAAGUGACUCUGACAGUGAAGAAAGUGAACCUGGCAUGUUUGAUGGAGGUUUAGCGCAGCUGUUCAAUUCAGAAACAGAGGAUGAGGACUUCCAUGGGUUUGACUGAUGACGAUUACCGGGAUGCCGAGGAUCUGCUGAGAGAUAAAGCUGUGGGCUGUUUUCUGAUCCGCCUCAGCGAUAAAGCCGUCGGCUACAUUCUGUCCUACAGAGGGAACGACCGCUGCCGACACUUCGUCAUCACCCAGAGCCAGGACGGACAGUUUGCGGUGGCGGGAGACAGCGAGACGUUCUUCAGCCUGGAGCAGCUCAUCCACCACUACCGGGUCAGCCCCAUCCAGCCCUUUGGAGAGUACCUCACCUGCAGCUGCCACCAGGUGGACUCAGGUGAGCUGUAUGAUGUGGUCAACGCUAAGGGCAGGUCUGGAGUCAGUGUUCAGGCUCUCAGGACUCUGUGGAGCCACAAAGACGAUCCUCACAGCGACUCCGGACAGAACCAGAAGGUCCAGCAGCAGAAUCAGAAGGUCAAGCAGCAGAUCGAGGCUCCAUCAGCACCGACUUUACCGCCUAAAUCUAAAAACAGGAAGCUGACAGGAACCGUGUCUGCAGAUGCCAUGUCUCUGUCAAAAAUUGCUCCGGUUCCUAAACGAGGUCUUCCUCUGAGUUUCUCCCUGAGUGGAUCUUUGCCCGACACGACUUCACAUCCGACCGAACCCGACUACAGCCAACCCGAGAAGCUCAGAGGAAACAGGAAGUUGAUGUCAGACUCGUCAGCCUCCACUGACGUCGACUUCCCAGGUGACCUGGGCCUGAACGGACUCACCUGUUCAGAGCCGGCUCAGGUGGAGAUCCGGAGCCGGUCUCUACCCCGACUGGACCACAUGGAGGAAGAAGAGGAGGAUGAAGAAUACUCCAACCGGCUGAGCAGCUUCUCGCCCAAGAGGGUCACCUGCCUCACCUUCUCCCUCCACUCUGCUCCCAGGCCCAGACCCGAGCAGUCGAGCUCUGAUCUGGAGAAGUCCAACCCGCUGUACCAGGGGUCUGAGGGGCCUGGAGGAGGUCCAGGUGAAGGUAUGUACGCCGAGGUCCCCCAGAGGUCCACUGAGCCGCGAGACGACACCUACGAGAUGAUCCCAUGUGAAGCCACCAUCGUCCACGGCAACACCUACGAGUCUCUGGAGGAUCUGAAGACCAAGAAGCCCAAAUCCACCUUGGGGAAAAAAAACAUGAACUGGAAGAAAUUUCUCCCGGAUUACAAGAAGAAAUAAAUUGUGGAGUUCCUCAAGGCAGCGUCCUGGGGCUCCUGCUGCUCUCGUUUUCACAUAAACAGCAUAAAACCUGCCUGCUAGAUGUCUUUCAUGUCACAUUUUAUUAAAAACAAAGAUAGGAGACAUUAGUUAACGAGAUAAAUGGAAAAAAGACCUGACUACGCUGUAAAAAAUAUUUAUAAACAGACAUUUCGCAGCAAGAGUGGUAGAAAAAUAUAGUAUAGACAGCGGAAUAUUGUAAUGUUAAACUGUAAAAAUUGUCUAAAUAAUGACAAAUAUCUGUAAAAUAGAGUUGGUAAGAAUAUCCACAGAUGUCUAAAUCAAAUCUAAAUCGUGUUUUGUUGGCGUUUUGCAUCAACUGGCUGUUUUUGGCACUAAAAAAGCAUCAAAAUUGACAUUUUUAACUAUAUUUGAUUAAAAAAAACAGAACAGUACUGUGAGGAUUUGUCUGUACUUUUACAGUAAUUUGUAUCAUGCAGAUAUUUGUCGAUUUUUUUCACCAUUUAUUUUUAGAGUUUUUGAAAAUUCCAGAAUUUUACUGUUAGGCAUUUUUCUGGAAAACGGCAGUUCUUAUUUCAGCUCAACAUCGAUUUAUUCUCUUAUUGUGAUUUGUAUGUGAUUUUCCUCAUUUUAUUUAGAUUUGUUUUUUAGUGAUUGUGUUUAAUAACCUGAUAUUUGAACCGUGCUGCACUUUGGUUCAGCUCCUGUUUUUCAGUGCGUUUCUAAUUAAACUGAACUUUAGCAUGUUUUUUCACACACGUUUUAAUGUUUUGUUUCAGACCAGUGAAAAGAGAUUUCUGUGUAUCUACUCUAUAUACCAUAUUAAGUGUAAAUCUAAACACUAUGUUUGUCUUAAUUAUGGGUCCAAUAAUCCAUCAAGUCUUAUGUGUACAUAUUAUCUUUAUUGUCUAUGUAUUUUACAUUUUUAUCUUUAUUCUGGUCUUGUAUUUAGUCUCGCUUCAUUUUUAUCUGUUACUCUUCACUUUCCCUUCCUGACAAUAUCUUUAAGUUGCUGUGAUGAGAACAUUUUCCAGAGAGAAUCAAUAAAGUUGAUCAUUCUGUUUGGGCGGCUUCUCAGUUUAAAGCCAGCGAGCAACAGAUAGGAUCUCUGGAUCUCGAUUUAGAAAUAAAAAGGUUGUGGGGUUUUUGAAGUAAUUGUUCUGUAAUACUGAGAAAACCCUGCACAAACACAAACCUCAGAAUAACUGUUAGAAACUGCGCUAUCGGAAAGUUCUGGGACUGUUCGUGAUGCGUGUACUUGGCGUGUUAUACAGAUAUCUUCAAUCUGAGUCGUCGAAAACUAACGUUUCAGAUAUCUGCACUCACAUCAGAAGCUGAGAAGUUAACUUUUUUCAAUCAUACUAUGGCACUGCAAUCAAAACUGUAUACAGCAGGGGUGUCCAACAUGCAGCCUGUGGGCGAAAAGUGGUCCUCCAGAGGGUCCAAUCCGGCCCUCAAAGAGUAAAAAUUCCAGAGAAGACAUUAACUGCAGAUUGUAAAUUAGUAAAACUGUAAAUUUAAAAUAAUUUCUAGACCAUGACAAGUUGUUUGGAUCAUAAAAUAAAAUGCUAGAUUGUU